UCAGUUGCCAAAGUUCUUUUGCGCCGUGCGAUCGAAGAUCUCUCUCGUGCGGAUACAUCGGAAAAUGAUCCACAUUUUCUAACUACCGAAUUCGAAAAUGGCAUUUAACAUGUGUGCAAAUUCGCUUUGCUUGGGCCUAGUUGCCCUUCUGGUUUUGGCCAAAAGUAGCGACGCCUUGCAGGCAAAACGUUUCUUCGGUGUGGGCGAAAGGGUGGAAGGGGACCAGCUCCUGGUCAAGGAUGUGCUCCAUUCCCGUCCAGCCGGCGCCGGCGAGCUGCCCGGAGUGACGUUCACCUACGAGAUUUUGGAGCCAAUCACUUGCGUGGAAAUUCUAUCGGAGGAAAACAUUUCGGCGGAGGUGAAAUUCAGCUUGGUGAAUCGCCUCAUCGUGGGCAUAAUCCAAUUGGCUGCCAGCAAUCAAAGCGUUAACCCAUCAGCUCCCAUUGUUCCACCAACCGUCGAGUUCGAUGUGACCAUCAUGGUGUUUGGCCUAAAUGAGACCUCCAAGCAUUUCGAUCCCUCACUGGUCAUCAAUCGUGAUCAGCAAUUUGAGGGCGAGAUGGAGCCCUACGAGGAAAUCUUCCCGGAACCGGAUCAAUAUGUUGAGGUAUUUGACAACAAUAGACGCGAUGACCUGGAGAUCGACGAAGGUGAUGACAAUCUGUCCGAGGAGGACAUCGAGAGCUAUACGGAAGGUCCAUUCGUAACAGACUAUUUCGAUAAGCCAGACAAAUACAUUGAAGUUGGAAAAAGGCAGGCGGGCGAUGAACUUCUCUAUGAUUGCUAUCAGACAUCGCCGGAUGAUUCGGAAAAGCCAACCAAUCACUCGGUGGUUUUCUACUACAUCGACAAUAAUCUAAUAACAUACGUGCGGUUUGCUAUACUCGAUCACUAUGCCAAUAGAAAUAUCUCGGAGGCCGAAUACCAAGCGCCGGUGGCAGAGUACAGUCACUAUACGAGUGGCACCCUAAAGGCGGUCAUCACCGACUACGAUUCGAAAAGCCUUUUUGUCCAGAUGUACGUCUACGGAUAUCGGGGGCGCACAGCGCCGCCCACCUAUGAGCCCUUCCUGCCGCCGCCGCUGUGGCAAAAGGCAAUUCUGGAGUCGCGGACCAAAAGCAAUGCCACUCCGCACCUGACGCCGCUGCAGACGCUGCAGCUGCUCCUGCUGACCGGCCAGCGGACCACCCCGCCGCCAGGAGUGUACAAUGAUAGCGUGGAGCACGAGGAGCAGCGGAGCAUUCGGCCGGAGGAGAUGAUGUUCGAGCGGAUCGAGGAUGAGAGUGAGGGUGAGAGUGAGAAGAAUUCGGCACUGCGCCAGAUGAACCAGGGCAUGGGAAUGGCGGCGCUGCUGGGCCUGCUCUUCCUGAUCCUGCAUAACUAGGUAGCCCGCCAGGGGGGGGAAUCAUUAGUUAAUCCAUGGAAAGCUUUAUGAGUAGUCUUUAGUCCAACAUUCUGUCUAUUGUAUUUUACGAAAUAAACUUUUGGCCUAAGCCAAGGCACACAC